CCGUUUCUCUGCUCCUUCGCCUCUUCUGUCGGGGGGGAAAAAGAGGAGAGAGAGACUCGCGGUGGGCGCUACGGCCUCUUGUUCAUUGAGAGAGGGGAAAAAUUAAGAAGAAGAAGAAGCAAGAGGAGAUACUCGGCUGGCGUUUCUGGAAGAGUCGGGGGUCUUCCGAGCCCCCCGAGUGUGUUCACCGCGGGGGGGACCUGGCUCUGAAUUUUCUUCUCCCACCGAUUGCUCGGGAAGUUGAACUGAAGCAGAAUUUAGAAAGAAGACAAUUUUCCCCCUCGAAAGUUUGCAUCGAGGUUGGAUUUACUUGCACCUCGCAGGAAGAGAAUCCUGGGGAGAGGGGUGUGCAGAGCCGCGAUCACGGAGUUCAGAUGUGUUCUAAGCCUGCCGGAGUGAACACACUUCCAAGACCUGAUGGAGGCCAGAGCUCAGAGUGGCAACGGCUCACAGCCUUUGCUGCAGCCAUCCCGUGACAGUGGCAGGCAGCGUGGGGAGCCGGACCCCAGGGAUGCCCUCACCCAGCAGGUACAUGUGUUGUCUCUGGAUCAGAUCAGAGCCAUUCGGAACACCAAUGAGUACACGGAGGGACCUACGGUGGUCCCACGACCUGGGCUCAAGCCUGCUCCUCGUCCUUCCACACAGCACAAGCAUGAGAGACUCCAUGGGCUGCCUGAGCACCGCCAGCCUCCCAGGCUCCAGCACUCACAGGUCCAUUCUUUCACGAGAGCCCCUCUGUCCAGGUCCAUCAGCACCGUCAGCUCAGGGUCUCGGAGCAGCACAAGGACAAGUACCAGCAGCAGCUCCUCUGAACAGAGACUGCUAGGGUCGUCCUUCUCCUCGGGGCCUGGUGCAGAUGGCAUCAUUCGGGUGCAACCCAAAUCUGAGCUCAAACCAGGCGAGCUGAAGCCACUGAGCAAGGAAGAUUUGGGCCUGCAUGCCUACAGGUGCGAGGACUGUGGCAAGUGCAAAUGUAAGGAAUGCACCUACCCGAGGCCCCUGCCAUCGGACUGGAUCUGCGACAAGCAGUGCCUUUGCUCAGCCCAGAACGUGAUCGACUAUGGGACUUGUGUGUGCUGCGUGAAAGGGCUCUUCUAUCACUGCUCUAACGAUGAUGAGGACAACUGUGCUGACAAUCCCUGCUCCUGCAGCCAGUCUCACUGUUGUACGCGAUGGUCAGCCAUGGGUGUCAUGUCCCUCUUUUUGCCUUGCUUAUGGUGUUACCUUCCAGCCAAGGGUUGCCUUAAAUUGUGCCAGGGGUGUUAUGACCGGGUUAACAGGCCUGGAUGCCGUUGUAAAAACUCCAACACAGUUUGCUGUAAAGUUCCCACUGUCCCCCCCAGGAACUUUGAAAAGCCAACAUAGCAUUAUUAAUCCAGAGUAUUACAGUAAUAGGGGAUUGUGUUCAUGUUUUCUGUUUGCUUGUUUUCUUCUGUGUUGUUGUUUGUUUUUGCUUUUUGUUUUUUCCCUUACCACACAUAUGCAACCAACUUAACAGUUAUAAUCUUGGCACUGUUAGUAGAGAUUUGGGAUGUUUGCAGUGCGAUGCUUUUUUGUCUGUGUGCCAUUGGAACUGAUAGGCUUGUUAGAACUCAGCUAAUGGAGCGAAAAGUAAGGGGUACAGAACUUGGUGACCCACGUAUUGCAUAAGCUAAAGCAACAGACACUCCUAGGCAAAAGUUGUUUUUGUUUGUGAAUAGGCCUUGCAAAAUUUGUAAAUUAGCAAAUGACCUCGCCCCCCCAUUGUUUUCUCCAGAGAUAAUGUGCUAUAUUUUUGUAUAUACAAUAAUAUUUGCAACUGUGAAAAAAAAACAAGUUUGUGCCAUUCUAUGUGGCACAGUCACAAAAUAUUAUACUAAUAUGUUGUACAUUCGGAAGAAUGUGAAUCAAUCAGUAUGUUUUUAGAUUGU